AUGAAGGUACAGAUCUUGAUCCUGCUCCCCAUGGCCUUUCUCCUGCCCCCUGGGACUUGGGCUGGUGAGAUCAUUCAGGGCCAGGAAGCCAAGCCCCACUCCAGGCCCUACAUGGCCUUUCUGGAUAUAAGAGAUGGAGAAAAGAGGUCUCGCUGUGGAGGGUUCCUGGUGUCGGAGAACUUCGUGCUGACGGCUGCUCACUGCAAUGGAGAUGAGAUCACUGUCAAGCUGGGAGCCCAUAACAUUCAACAACGGGAACGGAGUCAACAAAAAAUAUCUGUGAGACGCCAGAUUUCACACCCUCAAUAUGACAAGGAGACACUUAACAAUGACAUCAUGCUGCUGCAGCUGACGAAGAGCGCAAAGCUCAAUAGAUGGGUGAAAACCAUCGCCCUUCCCCUUGCUAACAAUACAGUAAAGCCAGGGACCAUGUGCAGCAUUGCCGGCUGGGGCAGGACUAGCACAGAGACUAAAUCAACCCCGGACACACUCCAGGAGGUGAAUUUGAAGGUGCUGAAGGAUGACGUGUGUCUGAAAAAUCCUGAUGAGACCUACUAUGACUAUGACGCUUCCACCAUGAUGUGUGUGGGGGAUCCGAAGAAGGGCAAAGCCUCUUUCAAGGGCGAUUCUGGGGGCCCCCUGGUGUGCGGAAAAACAGCCCAGGGCAUCGUCUCCUGGGGAUCCGAGGAUGGGACCCCCCCUGGAGUGUACACAAGAGUCUCUACCUUCAUCCCCUGGAUACGGGACACAAUGAGGAGGCUGCAGCCCUGA